AUGUCCGUUCCUAUAAAAAACCUCCUCAACAGUGAUUCGCAUACUUUUCUUGAUUCCUCUUCUCCCCCGCCAUCCGAAUCGUCGCCACAAACUACAACAACGUCACCCCCCUCUUCACUCAAAUCGGAUCGUCCUUUCAAAUGCACCGUAUGUGACUACGCGUUUGCUCGACUCGAACAUUUGACAAGACACACGAGAAUUCACACUGGCGAGAAACCGCACAAAUGUCAACAUAGCGGUUGCGGAAAAAAGUUCAGCAGGUCAGACGAAUUGUCUCGUCACAAUCGCACGCACGCGUUCAAAAAGAAGGACAAGUCCCGUGGGAAAAUGCCUCAAAUAACGUUCCGUCAUGCGGCACUGUAUAUUCGGAAUGCUCGCGGGACGAAAGAAGCACAAGUGUCCUUCCAAUGGCUGCAACAGAACCUUUUGCAGACUGGGUCAUCUCAGCAGACACAUUGA